AAAAGAAUAAAUAAACUUUAUUUUAUUUCAUCCCUAAUAUUGGUGCCGUGACCGACUGUUUUAUUAUUUAUUAAUAAUAAAACACGAACCAACACAAACAUUUUUCAUAUACCAUCGGAAUUUUAAAAAAAAAAAUAUACAUAUCGGUAAGUGAUUACAUUUUUUUUAUUUAUUCAUUUAGUUUAAAGGUAGCUCCAUUGGAAGCUGCCUGCAAAACCUCGAUUAAAUUAAAAAGAUAUUUCCAUUAGGAAUUGUCUGAGAGAGGUAAAACAAGAUAAAAAUAAAAAGAAGAGAAUAACUCAAUGAAUUAUUAUACAUACAACGUUAUCGAUUGAAUUCAACAUUAUAUUAUCACAACUUUAUUAUUGAUAUUAAAAUAACGGCUUAUAGUUUUCGAAGUGCUGGUAACGAUCCAGAAUUUACUGGUGAUUUAUUAACAAAAACAUCUGAACGUACAGUAAAAAGAGUAACUCUGGACUCAUUAAAUAAUACUACCGAACAAAUUCAAACAAUGUCUCACACUGCACAAGAUUCAGCAAUGAUGAUAUGUUAUCGUGAAUGCUUAUCAAAUUUGGACAAAUUCAAUGGUGGUGAAGAUCAAAAAGUUUUACAAUUUAUUAAUAAUAUUGAAAGGAUUGGAAGGAUGAUUAAUGCAAAUGAUGAUAUUUUACAUUGUAUGUGUACAGCAAAAUUAGAUGGUGAAGCAAAACGUUGGUACGAAAAUAACAUGUCAUUAACCCAAUGGGAAGGAUUAAGAUCGGCAUUACUUGAAAGAUUCACAACAUCUGAUUCAUCAUCAAAAAUAUUCGAACAAUUAAAAGAACGUAAACAAAAAUCGGAUGAAACCAUCACGUCUUAUUAUGAUGCUAUCAUUAAAUUAUGUCAUGAAUAUGAUCCAUCUAUGUCACAAAAAAUGAUAAUCUCAUGGUUGGAAAAUGGAAUUAAAGAUUCAUUAAAGAUUCAAAUUAAACGACAAAUAAAGCUAUUAUCUGAAUCAGCUCGAACAACACAAGCAUUUUUAAAAAUUGCAAAAGAUGAACAAGAAUUACAAGAAGAAAAUGCUUCAAAAUCUGAAACACUACCUUAUAUGCCAUAUUUUGCAAACACAGUAUCAACAACAUUAAAGCAAAUGGAUGAUAUACCUUCAAAUGUACCGAAGCAUUCAUACUCUCCACGAAUGAUUACACCACAUGAACCUGAAAGUCUUCACCAACAACAGAAAAACAAGAUUGCACAAAAACGAUCGCCACCAACAACUCGCUAUUCACCAUCACGACAGCGUUCAUUUACUUAUACACCACAAUCAUCAACAUUUCGUCACAACACACAACACAUUUCAUCGAAAAAUGCUGCAUCAAUUAACUCAUCGACAACUAACAGACGACAACUGAAUCCUUGUUCAAUAUGCCAACGAAACAAUCAUCGUACAAUAGAUUGUUAUUAUAAAAAACCAAAUGGAUCUGGAACCCGUGAUGGUGGUGAUUCCAGUAAUACCAAACAAAAUCCAUCAACAAUUAAUAUUAUGUCACCACAAUCAUCAAAUCCCAUUUACAUCAAAGUGCAAGUUAACAACAAACAACAGCAUGCUAUUAUUGACACUGGAUCUGCAGUUACCAUUAUUAAUCAACAAUUAUUAAAGGAAAUUCAUCACAAGGAAUUUAUUUAUAGAAAGAAAUUACAUAAAUCAGCAAAUUGUACAUCAGUCAACAUCAUUGGAGAAAUUGAACUUGAAGUCAAAAUACAGGGGUACAAAACGUUAAUCUUAGCGGACGUCGCAACAAAUCUUGUAACUGAUUUAUUAUUGGGAAAUGAUUGGAUUACUGAAAAUAACGUAAUUAUUCAUUCACCACAACAACGUAUUUUUCUUACAGAUAAAUAUCAUCGAACAAUAGCAACAACACCAUUUAUUAAACCGCCUGAUGUUCAAUUGCCGAUAUUACUAAUCGAUGAAAUUACUUUACCACCAUAUUCAGAAAGAUGCAUUGAUGUGAAAGUUAAAUCACGAAUGAACGGUAUAACUGAAGCUUUAUUUGAACCAGCUUCGAAUUUAUAUUCGAAACAAAUAUUGUUAACAAAUGCAUUAAUUCGAAUAGACAACAGCAAAAGCAAACUCAUGAUUAUUAAUGUGCAUAAUCGACAACGGACAUUAUCGAAAAACACCAAACUCGGAUAUAUUUCAUGUCAAUCUGAAUUGAAUAAUUAUUCUAUUUUACCAGUGUUAGCAAACAUAGGAACUGGUCGACCAAUACAUUCAAAAACAUCUAUCCGUAAUAGGAAUGACAUUUUACAGAGUCGUUCCUGUGCUCCAUUAUCACAACCGAAAAGGAAGGUCCGAUUUACGGACUUUACCUGUAAGAGCAACCAGGAUGAUAAUGAACAAUAUCAAUGUUAUGUUUGUCAGGAACCAUUCCUGACUCGAAAUGAUUUACAACAACAUCUACGUCAACAAUGUUAUCCACAAGAUAUAAGAGACGAAAUUGAAAAAUUAACAUCACAUAUUGACAAUUUAAAUCAAAGACAGCAAUUACAACGUAUUUUAUGGAAGCAUGGAAAAUUAUUUGAUCUUCGUAAACCAUCCAUCAUUAAAGCAACAGUUCAUCAUGCUAUUGAAACAGGAGCACAUCCACCAAUUUAUACUCCACCAUAUCGUGUUUCAUACAAAGAUGAACAAAUACAACGUGAAGAAAUCGAUAAAUUAUUAAAACAAGGAAUUAUUGAAGAAUCCAAAUCUCCAUGGUCGUCACCAAUAGUGUUGGUGCGAAAGAAAGAUGGAUCGGUUCGAUUUUGUGUCGAUUUCAGAAAAUUAAACAACAUCACCACAAAAGAUGCAUUUCCAAUACCUCGAAUCGAUGAUAUUUUCGAUCAUUUAUCACAAGCUGAAUAUUAUACUACAAUUGAUUUUAAAUCGGGUUAUUUUCAAGUUGGAUUGGAUCCAAAAGAUCGUCCAAAAACAGCAUUUUCAACAAGAGACCAACAUUAUCAAUUCACAGUAUUACCUCAAGGUGUUACUAAUGGUCCACCAGCAUUUCAACGAAUUGUUAGUCAAAUACUUGGGCCUACAAGAUGGCAAUAUUCAUUAGCUUAUCUUGAUGAUGUCAUUAUAUAUUCAUCAAGUUUCGAACAACAUUUAAUUCAUCUCGAUGAUAUUCUGAAUAGAUUAAAUGAUGCAAACUUUCGUCUCAAUGUUGAAAAAUGCCAGAUAGCAAGAACGUCAAUCGAUUAUCUUGGUCAUCAUAUUGAACAUAGCAAUAUUAGACCAAAUACAGAUAAUAUUCGAGCAUUAUCAGAAACUCCGCAACCAACAACUGCCAAAGAAGCGUUUCGAUUCGUCAAAGCAGCCGAAUAUUAUCGCAAAUUCAUACCAAAAUUUUCCAUUAUCGCAGAACCAUUAUAUAAGUAUGCUCCAACUACUAAAGAACAACGGUCACAAAAAUCACAAUCUACACAUAUUACUUUAUCUGAUGAAGAACUUAAUACAUUUAAUAAAUUAAAACGAAUAUUGACUAAUGAUUUAGUUUUGCGUAUCCCAGAUGCACAUUUACCAUUUAAAAUUCAAACGGAUGCAUCAAAGAUUGGAAUAGGAGCUGUACUUAUGCAAACUCAUCAAAAUGGUGAUUUACCAGUUGCAUAUGUAUCGAAGAAAUUUACAACAACACAAAUGAAUUGGCCUGCAACCGAACAAGAAUGUUAUGCAAUUAUAUAUGCAAUUGAGAAAUGGCAUAAAUAUUUAGAUGGACGUGAAUUUAUAAUUGAAACAGAUCAUAAACCUUUAGUACCAUUUAAUACAAAACAACAAUUAAAUUCGAAAUGUGAACGAUGGCGUUUGAAAUUACAACAGUAUAAAUUUAUGGUUCGUUAUAUCAAAGGAAAACACAAUACAGUAGCAGAUUAUUUAUCACGUUCACCAUUAGAUAACGCAUCUUACGAUGAAGAUGAUUAUAUUCCAAUUAAAUCUCAAUCAACACAAACUGAAAAUUCGAUGAUAACAGCUAUUACAGCGUCUGUAGUUACUCGGGCACAAGCGAAACAACAACAGCACGAUAAGAGGAAUGACGAUCAUAUGAUCGAUCAGUCCUGUGAUGAAGAACAGCCGAAAAGGAAUAUCGAUUUCCCAAUCGACCGUUCCUGUGGUUCGGAAGAUCAACAACAACCUGCGAAUGUUAUUGACGAUCGAAUCAUGCCAUUUACAUAUGAACAAUUAAAAGAAUUACAACAUCAAGAUGAGGAAACAAAAUACAUGAUAUUGCAUAUUAAUAAUUUCAAUGGAUAUUUCGUGGAAGAUGAUAUGUUAAUGAAAAAAUCGUCUCCACCAGUACCAUUUGUACCAAAGGGACGAAUUCGAUCCGAUAUAAUUAAAAUUUAUCAUGAUACACCCGCCAACGGAGCACAUUUUGGUCGGAAUAGAACCAUUCAGAAGAUUCGACAAAGAUACUUUUGGCCAUCGAUGAUCAAUGAUAUAAAGAAUUAUGUUAAAUCAUGUAUACCAUGUUUACAAAAUAAUCAGUUACGACAAAAACCACCAGGUGCUCUACAACCAAUCAAACCUCCUGAAGGAGUAUGGCAAUUGCUUACAAUGGAUUUUCAUGGACCAAUUACACCAAUAUCAAGAAAUGGAAAUAAAUAUAUUAUUGCAUUAACUGAUGUUUUAUCCAAAUUCGUUAUUACUAAAGCAGUACGGGAUUGCACCGCAAUAACAGCAGCACAUUUUCUUAUUGAAGAAGUUAUUCUCAAAUAUGGAACUCCGAAAUGUAUUCUUACAGGUAAUGGAACCCACUUUACGGCUUCAAUGAUGACAGAAGUAUUUAAAACAUUAGGUGUAACCCAUUUAUAUUCAACACCUUAUCAUCCGAUGACAAAUGGACAAGUUGAACGUUAUAAUGCAACGAUGGAUUCAAAAAUAGCAACAUUAUCAAAUGAAAAUCGAACAAAUUGGGAUGAACAAUUACCAUAUGUUACAUUCAACUACAACACAAGUAUUCAUACAACAACUGGAAUUAUUCCAUUUGAAUUAAUGUAUGGCCGUUUACCGGUAUUACCAUUUGAUCACCAACAACCUAUUGUUACUCUUUCACAAGAUCCAGAACAUGUUACAAAAGUAAAAAAAUAUUUAUCAUCAUUAACUGAGCAUGCAAAAAUAAAUAUUUUACAGCAGCAGAAGAAAUAUAAACAACGAUAUGAUCGUUAUCGAACAAAUCCAGUUUAUAAAAUUAGUGAUUUAGUCUUAAUUCAAGCACUUAAUCGACGAAACAAAUUUGACAUUAGAUAUGAAGGACCUUAUCGAAUAAUACAAAAACUUGGUCCAAAAACUUAUACUGUUAAACAUAUAAAAAAUUCAAUAUUAACACGACAAGUCACAACAGAUGUCAUCAGACCCUUAUAUGAACGUAGAAAUAUGUGA